UUGAAAGUGGUGUUGCUUAUGAACAAAAAUCUCGUUCAAACACAAACAAGUCAAAGAUGCUCAAAAUAUUCGUCGUCGCCGUUGCUUUUUGCUGUGUUUUGACAAGCAUCCGACAAGUGAAUGCCAGUUGUAAGAAAUGUUACGGUAAACCCUGCGCCCAGGAUCCAAAGGAUAGAGUUGAUUGUGGUUAUCCUGGAAUAACAAACGAAGAAUGUAUAAAUAAACACGGCUGUUGUUGGGAUUAUAGUAACAAACCACAAUGUUACUGCCCUGCAGGUAAACCCUGCUCCCAUGACCCAAAAUAUAGAGUCGGCUGUGGUAAUCCUGGAAUAUCAAAUCAGGAAUGUACAUAUAAAUAUGGUUGCUGUUGGGAUGAGAAAAAUAGACCACAUUGUUUCUGCCCUUCAGGUGAUGGCUGCCUUUGUGUGCCACCGAAACGUAGAGUUAAAUGUGGUAAUUACGAUCCAGACAUAUGCGAGGAAAAAGGCUGUUGUUGGGAUAAGAGCUUCCAACCACAGUGUUUCAAUCAACCCUGAAGGACUAUGAGAAAUGGAUUUUUCCGAAGUGAUUUAAAGGAGGUUUUUUAUUUUACGAUAGACAUAGAACUUUCUUUCUUAAUCAAAGGGGCAUAUGAUAAGAAUAUAAUGUUAGUUUUAUGGUUUAGUGCAUGAUA